AUGGUACGCACGAUUCGUGAACCGAAUCCUACAACUCCUCAGAUAUUGAGGAUAUCAACCUCCUCAGCCAGUAGUUCAAGAAGAUCAUCUGCUGAAAAAAGUCCUUCACAACCAAUAUUCAUCAGAUCAAAAGCUACUUAUCUCAACUCAUCUCAGAACAGUAAUGGUGGAGGCACAGUUCGGAGAAGAGCUGUAUUAGGCGAAAGACAUGAUAAUAUAAUGUCACCUUCAUCUCCAAGGACAAUCAAAUCCAAACCGAAACAAAAGUCAAAGUCGAAGACUUCUCUUACUCCUCGUCAAACAGCAAGACCAACGUCUGAACUACUGGAUGAAUUAUCUGAUUUAUCUAGGUUCGUUGCUAAAUCGCCUAUAAACAAAUUACCUCCUCCAGCGAGAUUCGAUAUACCUUCUUCAUCCCCCAUGAGAAGCUCACCAAACAACUCUUCCAUGUCAAUUUCUAGACCUGGAUCAACACCUUACUUACCUCGUCGUUCAAUGCCCAUGCAACUCACUGAAGAUGAUACCUUGUUGCUCAACAUGGGACCACCCGAUAUGGGAAUGGGUGAUAUGACCGAUGAGAGCGAUAUGGAAGAUAUGAGAGGUGGUGUGUUGGGCAGAGGCGGAUUGAUGACUCCUGCUGCAAGUCAAGAGGUUUCCGCUUGUUCCCCUCAACGUACGCAAACGAUUCAACGACCAGUCGAGCCAUUGUCUACAACGAGAAACUCUAUAUCGCGCCUGCCAACACCCCCAUCUUCCCAAAAUGAUUUCCAAGCACCCUUGCCUCCUCCUACUCCUCAAGCGGGUCCAUCGCGCGUGUCACGCGUUCGAGCCCGACCAUCCCCUACUCCCCCUCGACGAAUUAGUAUCCAGCCUGUAGUAGUCGGCUUAGGAGAUGUAACAGCCGAAUGGGAUACACCGUUGAGAUUAGGAGAUGAUAUAUCACCUAAUCCAAGACGAAAAAAGUCUCCUAGACUAUCUCAGCCUGGCCAAACUCCGACAAAGCAAAGAUCGCCUUUUGCACAACAGCAAAAAGAAAGAGAUAGAGUAGAAGUGGUGAUCCCUAUAAGAGCAAGAAGUAAUACACCUGGAAAAAUCGUGUCAAACACUCCAGCAACGGUCAAGGCUAAGACUAAACCAAGAGUUUCAAGUAGAACACCCAGUGUCAAAGUGUCUCAAUCAUCACGUAGAACAAGUGGAGGAAGUCGACGAACCAGUGAAGGUUCGACAAAACUAACAACCCCACCCAAUUCACGUGUUUCAAAGAAAGUACCAUCUACCGCACCUGCUGGUCGAAGGAAAUCAACCCCACCAAGCACUACAUCAAGAAAAUCACCCAACCUGAGUUCUUCGCAGAGCAACCGUCGAGCUUCAGUUCCAGCCAACACUAAAACACCUAAAGGAAGAGGAAGACCGCGAAAUUCUGUCGCUCAAACUCCAAGAGAUGUCGCGUUAACAGGAAGAAAGUUAGGGAUGUUACCUAGACCUAUUCUUGGAAGCCCAGGUGAUGAUCCCCUCUUACUCAAAGGUAGAGAUGACCGAUUACCGAGCAACGAAGGUGUAAGGGAUGGUACAGGUCUCUCUCUGAUUUUCUCUCAAUCGUCUACUUCCAACGCAGAUCCAACCCCAAGAGCCCGUCAAGAGAGUAUACCAACGUCAUCACCAUUCAAUUUUGAACAAGAUGAAGAUGAUCUCACGUUACUGCCUAUGGGUAACUCGAUUGGAAAUGAUAAUUAUUACGAUCCAGGACCGGCUUGGUCAGAUGAUGGUUCAGAUAUGGAAGGUGUAGGUGAAGACACUUUUAUUCACGUUCAUCAAAGAAGGGAGAAUUCAGGCAUGAUCAAAUCAGUGAAAGAUUCGAUAGUUAUGGAGGAGGAUGAAAGCGAAGAUGACCAAGGUGAUAUAACUGCGGAAACCACGCAAAGUCCUCUUUUACCUCCAAGACGAAUCGAACUCUCCUCAAUUGAAAACACUGAAUUAGAUGAAAGGGCUAUUCCGGCAGAGCCAAUAGCUGAUGAUUCGUUCGCACUUGAAGAACAGCGAUUGUCCCCGGUCCAAACGACCUCCCGAGCAAUCUCAGUAUCGGGCGAUGAUAUUGUUAUCCAAGAGAUAAAGUCUUUGCUUGCUCGUUCAGCCCAUGCAGACCAAGGCAAUAUAAUUGAGGUGAUGGGGGGACACGGGGUGAAUGAGAUCGAUUGGAGUGUUCCACAAGAGGUCAUUGCUCCUGUUGAAAGUGAGCUCUUCCGUGACAAUCCACCUGAGGAAGAAGACGACACUGGCGAUGCAACUCCAGAGAUGGAGGGUGACAAAUGGAAUAUAUCAGAAGAACACAUUGAGCCCCAAACACUGCAAGAGGAAAGCUCAACUCAAGCUAUCAUCGGGGGACUAAGUGUCAUUUUGGCAGAACAACCGGAAGCAAUGGUAGUUUCAGGUGAAGACGUGGAUUCUCUCGCCCAUAAAAACUCCUUAGUCACCUUGCCUAAUAGACAAGCUGGUGAUCAGCCUGAGGAAGGAGAAGCAGAUAUUACCCAAGAGAUUGCUGGACUUGAUUGGGAUAUCUCAACAGAAGAUAUUCAGACUCAAUCACCUCUACGACCUUUAUCACCUGCUGGAUCAAUCGUACUUGAAGAACAAGAGGAGAUAGGCGAUGUCACUCAAGAUAUGGAUGUUUUAGACUGGGAGGUUUCGGAAGGAGAUAUUCAACCGCAACAUGAAGUCGGAGCAGGAACUCGAGAAGCGAUCGGGUUGUCUCGAUCAACAGGUCUUGGACUGCAACUAGAGGGAGAUUAUGAGGAGGGAAGCAUAGAGAUAGUACAAGAAGAGAAUCACGAAGAACGGGAGAUUCCGAAUCAAGAUGCUCAACAAGAAACUGAAUCAGAGAUUGCGGAUUCGGAGCGUUCUCAAUCGGCCUUGCCAGAAAUCAAAGGCGAUGCAACAAACACCAAUGAUAACGAUACCCAAGAUGAGAUCUACGGAGAACCAAAUCUAUCUGAAGAGGAUGUCGUGGUCCCCGUGGUCGAACAAGAGAGGAUCGUACUUUCGGAAACCCCCUUCGAUGAUGAAGAAGAAGAUGUCACUCAAGAAAGAGAGAGUGAUCAAGUAAACGCUGCUGCCGGAGAAGUGCAAUGUAUCGAAGCGGAACAAGGAGGAAGUAAUGAAGAUGCGAUUGCGCGACCGGAGAACGAAUCGAAGCUCGAUCAAACUGAGGCAUCAACGUCUCACUCACCGGAAGAGGAUUUGUAUGCUCAACUAGAAAUAGAGAUAUCCAGAUCCAGCGAUACAACAAAGGUGAACAAAGCCACUCCAUCAAGAGUAUUCCCGUCCAUCUCGAUUUCAGAGGCUUCAGAACCUGAUCAAGCUGUACCAAAAGCAAGAAGUCCUACUCCAGCUUUAGCUUACAGAUCAACUACACCACUCUUCUCACCUCCACCAUCAUUCGAACCUUUAUCUCUUCGAUCUCCGACAGUCCCAAAAUCUCCAUUUGUCCUGAUUCAUCAUCGGGGUGAUCUCACCCUUACUCCCACACCAGCAUUUUCACUCUUUAACCCUAGAUCACCUUCUCCCCUACCUCACCUAGUGUCAGACUAUCCCAUCGAAGGCAAAGGUGACAGGAUCUUGGAGGAAGCUGACAGGGCUCUACGAAGAUUAUCUAAAGUGAGAAGCUUGUCACCCCUUGCUCCGACUAUCAGCAAUGACGGUCUAGGGGAAACUCACCAGGACGUGAAGCUGCAGGAGACCGUGAAUGCUUCUGCACAUCAGUCUGUUGAGGGCGAUGAAGAUUCAGCUCCAUCUAUUCUCGAUGUCACUCCCAGUAAAGAGACGCAGGAAGAAGCCCCUUCAGCGACCGCGAUAAACCACCUUCAAGAGAGUGGAAUGCAAAUUUCCGAUAAGUCUGAAACCUUAGAAGAAGAUGGGGAAGAACAGCAAGAGACGAACUCAACAGUGGGAGACCUCACUCUCGAAGCGGACAAUUCAGCUUGGAAUAUCUCAAGUGAAGAGUACGACGUACCUCUCCGGGACGAAUCGGAUGAUGAACAGGAGCAUGAAAGUCAAGAAGAACAAGUCGAUGAGAAUUCGUCAACUCAGGUACUCGCAGUUAAGAACGAUGAUGCCAAUUCUGCACAAUCAGAUCAAGGAGAGAACCGACACGAGGCCCAAGAAGAGCAAGAAGAGGAUAUCUCCCCUGAACCAGUCGAGGUUCCUGAAAGAAUUAUUCUCUGUCUAGUUGAAAGAGGUGUGAUCAAGCUUGAGCCUGAAUCCGAUGAUGAAGACAAUUCUGAGGAAGAUUCCUCGUCAGAACAGAGGGAAGUUUCGCUUCCAAUAGAGGCUAAAUCUUCCCCUUCUCCCCUUGCGACCCCUUCUCUUGUGACAGGCGAAGGCCUUGAAGCAAGAGGAAGAUCAUCAACUCGUUCUCCAGGACCUGCACAUAGUCCCUUAGCACCAUCCACUCCACCUAUUCAGACUUCUUCCUCUUCCUCAAAGACUCUUCCUCAACAACAAACUUCGACACCUCAGAUGACUCCUCCCUCUUCGAUGUUCCGGUCCGCCAAUUUGACCCCUCAGAGGACCCCUUUGCUUGGCCGAAUGGGAGGUACAUCUAAACUCUGUCAACAGAUCUUACCAUCCUCUCCUUCUACCGAAGCUACCUCAUCUUCUGCUGCUCAAUCUCCCGCUCGUCACCGUUCAACAUCAGGUCUGUCAGAUGAACAAAUUGACGAAUCUUCAGAACCAAUCGAAGAUGAAGCUGAUCAAUCUGUCAUAAUUCGUAAACCGCGUCGAUCAUUGCACGACGAAUUAGCAGCGGUCGCUGCUGAUGAAGAAGGAAAUGAAGGAGACGAAUCGUUUAGAUCCGUGGUAGAGGUAUCUAGUCUUGAUCCCAAAGCAGCAGCUAGAGCAGCCGCCAUUCUCAAGCUUAACCAUUCAUAUAUCGAGCAUGGCGUACUAUCUAGAUCAAAAACUCAAGAUCUCACUUCUACUUCUUUCCCUUCUUCUUCUACAAGGUUUUUCUCGGGAAGAAGGAAAUCGACUGCUUAUUCUGAUGUGGAAAAACGAGAAUUAUUGAACGAAGCAGAAUUGGAGAUUGUACAGUCACAGCGAUCCAGAUCCAGAUCAAGAUCCAAGAGUAGAGUCAGAGAGAGAGAGUUGUCAGUUAUGAGUUUCAUGACCGAAAACUAUCCUGUUCCGGGAUCAUUUAUUAAAACUCCUCAACAAAAUAAAAGAAAAUGGGAUCUUGCGUUAUCAUCUUUGGUUAAUUCCGGUUAUGAGGCUGAACAACCCCAGAAUGAAGGUGAAAGUGAGAGUGAGAGAGAAGCUGAUCUAGGAGAGCAAUGGGGUGUAAGUGAAUGGAAGAAAUUGGAGAAAGUUUACAGGAACGAAAGGGAAACUUGGAUAAAAGAAAGAAAUAUCAAAAACUUGCCUAUGCCUGGAGGUUUGAUUUCAUGGGCUAGAAGAAGCACUUUUGGUCAUUCACCCGAUGUGAAGGAAUGGGAUAUUCAAAGAGUCGUUGAAACGUUCUUGAGAGACGAAAAGAAGGAUGGAAAUAAAUGGGAUAGGGAAAUGCUGCUACUCAGAAUUCAAGCUAUAGAAAAGAGAGUCAAUAGACUCGCUUCUUCGACAGCCUCGUCUUUGAAUUCAUCAGUAGACAGACACACACCCAACAGCAAGAAGCCGAAGAUUGAUUCUGUCCAAACUCCAAGUAACACGAACACCGACUCAAGAAGAGCUAUUGAACCUCCUUCAACUAUCAGGAGGAUGAUAGGUCUCGUUUGGGGAAAAUCCAAAUUGAAAUCUAAUAAAUCGGGAAAUGCGGAUGAUGGUCAGAAGGAUGGACAGAAUCUGUUGGAUAGGUUUCAGAAAUCAAUCGAGGCUCCUGCAUUUACAUCUUCAUCUAAUCAAUUGACGAACAAGGGGAAAGGAAAAGCCGUGACUGAAGAGAUAUUACCUACCUCUCAAAUGAGAGAAGUCCGAUCUUCAAAUCAAACUGUGCCUCCCCAUCCAGCUUCCAGUCAGUGGACUCCUGUCCCACCUCCUAGGCAAAACAAUCCUUGUCAUCCACCUAAAUCCAGAAUCGACGCUCCCGUGACUGAAAACACGGUCAAUGCUAGUUCCAAUUUCAGUUUCAGUACCAGUAUCUCCUCUAUGACUAAUUCACUGGAUACGUCAUAUUCGUACAAAAGAUUAUAUCCACCUUUGGAGCCUUCUUUGACUCAACGAUCAGAUGCUUUAGCCAGAUUAUUUCCCAAUCCAUUGCCGUCCACCUCAAGUGAAAAUUUGAACAGAGCCACAUCGAAAGAUCUACAAACCGUUCAAAAGAAACGAAGUGGGAGCGUCACAAGUCUAAGAGAGAAAUGGGAAGGUAAAGGUGUUAUAGCGCGUGGAAAUGGAAAAGGACAAGGGCAUACGAGUGAGAAUUAG